AUGAAUGGUAUCCUUCCAGCUCCCAUUGGAAACUUGUCUACUUCUCUUUCCAGGUUUUCAGCAUCUAACUGCAGCAUUAGAAUUGGAAAUUUGAGGAAUUUGGAAAUUUUGGAUUUGUCCAAGAAUCAACUCACCGGAUUCAUCCCAACUACAUUUCAAGUAGGUUGUACGCUUCAGUUGGAAAGAGCGCCACCCCAAUUCGUUUAUUUUUGUGGUAUACAGCAUUUGGAUUUAUACAAGAAUCAACUCACAGGAUUCAUCCCGACUACAUUUUCAAUUGGUUGUGGGCUUGAGUCACUCAACUUGAAUGGUAAUAAGUUGGCAGGAUCAUUACCCCAAUCCCUUUCAAAUUGUCGAAGGCUGCAGGUUCUUGAUAUUGGAAACAACAAAAUACAAGACACAUUUCCAGUUUGGACCAGAAAUCUCACUAAUCUUGGCUUCCUGAUAUUGAGAUCCAACAACUUAAGUGGUACCGUUCCUUCUCUCACUUACUAUACUACUCUUCCAUUCCUCCCCAUGUUGCAGGUUUUCGAUAUAUCCCACAAUGCAUUCAUCGGCAAUCUGCCCCAAGUAUAUGUGAGGAAUCUUAAAGUAGUGAUUGAUGCACGGGAGAAUCAUCAAGGAGAAUACGAGUUGCCGUUUCGGUUUAUACUUCCCAUUCCGAGUAUUCCAUUUUAUGCAUAUUCGUUUACAUUAACAGUGAAAGGUUCGGAUCUAGAAUAUAAGAGAAUUUUGAUAGCCUUGACAACAAUUGACAUGUCAUCCAACAGAUUCUCAGGCAGUAUACCAAAUUCCAUAGGAGAUUUAAAUUCCUUGAGUAAUAUGAAUCUGUCUCACAAUUACCUCACAGGAGAGCCCUUGCCUCCAGUGAUGCUGCAAGAAGAAGAUGGUCAUGAUUAUGGUAUUCUAGAGGGAUUUUGUUGGGAGGCAGUUGUUUCCGGGUAUGGAUGUGGAUUCGUAAUCGGUCUGAUUGUGGGUUGUCUGAUUCUCGGGUAUGGAAGGCCUAAAUGGUUGGUGGAGUGGAUCUACAGAUUUUACAGGAUAAAGACGAGAAGCCGUAGAAGAAAUGUGGCACCACAAAGAAGAAGAUAA